AUGGCUGGUCUUGACGAAAUAGAGCAUGGAAUUGAGAUAGGCUGUCAAAAGGUCAAUAACCUUCGAUAUGCAGAUGACACCACGCUGCUGGCGGGAACAGAAGAAGGUCUCAAAAUGCUAUUAGAUGAGGCGAAACAAGAAAAUGAUAAAGCUGGGCUUCGGCUCAACAUUAAGAAAACGAAAGUAAUGGCUACAUCAAGUGAACUGGAAGAAUCUAAAUUUGGGGAAGAAACAGUUGAAGUCGUUAAUAACUUUAUAUUUCUCGGUGCUGAAAUUUUAAGAGAAGGAGGUUGCACAACAAAAAUUGUCAGACGGAUUGGCAUGGGCAAAGCGGCGAUGACAGGUCUUCCUAGGGUCAUGAAAGAUAAAGAGAUGCAUAUCUUUGAUUAA